AUGGAUCUAAACUGCACUUUUGGCCUACUGGAAAAAGAAGCUCGGAGAAGGAGAAUGAUUCUAAACCAGAAUCAAAAGAACACUCUUCAUGCAUGGUUUGAGAAGAAUCCUAAUCCAGAUUUAACUACAAGGGGACAUCUGGCUAAGGAAUUGGGCAUCUCAGAGUCUCAAAUUAUGACUUGGUUUCAGAAGAACAGAAAAAUAAAGAAACAAGUGGAGUUUGAAUGUUGCUAUGAAGAAAGCCAAGCCCAGGGAAAGGAUAAACCUAAAGUUAAAGAAGCUGGGAGGAGCCGGACACGUUUCUCAAGAUUUCAGACUGAUAUUCUAAUUGAAGCUUUUGAGAAGAAUCGAUUCCCUGGGAUUGCUACCAGGGAAAAACUGGCUCAACAAACAGGCAUCCCGGAAUCCAGAAUUCAUAUAUGGUUUCAGAACCGGAGAGCUCGGCAUCCAGAUCCCAAACAGGGCACUCAGGCAACUGCUCAUCUAUCCCAGAACAGCCAGUGCCCUGCCCUGAAGACUCCUGAUCAACCUGCUCCUUCCGAAACUCUCACCAGCAGCUUGUCAGUUACAACAGCUCUUUCUCCACCCCACACACCAUCUGGUCCUUCUAAUCUCUCCAGCGGCCAUCAGAAGCAGUUGUCAAAGACCACAGUACCACAGCCCUCCCAGGUGGUACAGGGAAGGGGUGAUGGUCAAAAUUCCUCAGUGUUUAUUGGACACUUAUCAUCGGUAGUAACUCCAGGAGAGGAGGGCUUCCACACUCAGGCUCCUUUAUGUCUCCAAAUCCAAGAAAGACGGCAAGAGCCCGGUGAGAGCAGUGGUUCGGCUGUACCACCCUUAGACAGUUCUACUCAGGCUCCAGCCGUCAAUCAACACUUUUGGGAACUGGACCAGACAGACUUUGCCUUUCUGCAACACUGGGAUGAAUGGCUCCAGUCGAUGCUGGCUGAAUGGAUACCUGACGAAGAAUAUUGGACUCCUGGUGACUCUGCGCUCCAUCCACAGCAGGCGCAGCUUCAGCAGCCUGCCAGUGUAUCUCAUCAAGUGGACACAACUCCACAGCAAUAG